AUGAAUGAGAAUGAAUCAGGAGGAAGGAGGAAAAGGCUACGAAAAUUGAGUGAGUAUUGCCAAUUAGAAUUAAUGAAAAAUCCUAGAUUAUUAGAAAAUGUAGCCAAUGUUCCAUAUUAUUUAUUAGAAGAGGUAUUUAAACAAAUCAACUUGGAGCCUUCUCAUUUGAAAAAAUUAGAAGAAACCAAUAUUUUUUUCAUCUUUGAAGAUGAUGAUCUAUGGUUAGAAUUCCUUAAGAAAGAAUACCCAACAAAUGUCCCUCAUUCUUACGUCAGUAAUAAGACACUCAUUGAGAAUUAUUAUAUGAAGAUCUAUGAAAGAUAUGAAGAUCGAUUAGAUGAAUAUGAAACUGAUCUAUUUGACAGGUAUGUUAUGAAUAAAUUAAAGAAAGAUAUUCAAAUAAAUAAAUAUAAGAUCCCAUAUCGUAUGUUAUUUGAACAUUAUUAUAAGGAUGCAGAAAAGAAGAAAAUGAAGAGUGCAGAACGACUUAGGGAGAGUGUUCAUAAACUUGAUCAAGAACGUAAGAAGAAUCAAACAGUUACAGUAGAUUAUUCAAAAUUCAUUCAUAACAAUGCUCAGGCAAAGAAAGGCCGCAGACGUAAAGAAUUCUGGGAUGAUCGGACACCAAUUAAGAGCAUUGACAAAUAUAACAGUAGUCAACAUCGAAAUAUUACAAAUAAGACACCACCUGCAAGGAUAGCAUUUGGAGGGGUCGCUGGGCGACCAUUACAAAAGGCUCCAACGGUAAUUCGGUCACCUAUGACUGAAAUGAGAGACUCUAGAACAAAAUCUAUGGACACUAUGACACCAUUAGUUAGACAUAAAUCUAAUAUAUCUGAUAAGGAUAAUGAAUCAUAUUCUGAUAUGAGUAAAUCUGAUAGUGAUAAUAACCAUUCACCUAGAAGGAAAAGACCGUUUCCAUCAAGUAGAAGAAAUCAACCCACCCAAAACAUUUUCCUAAAGAAGAGAACUCCGAGCCGUGCCAGUACGAUAUCUACUUCUAAAUACCCUGAGAUUACUGAUACUGGUAAAACGGACCAUCGUAGAAAUGAUUCUACCAUGAUGAAACGAUCAUUGACAGAGAGGACACCAAAUAUUACGAUCAAAACUACAUCUAUUCUGACUUCGAACCCCACAAGUACUGUCACUGAACCGGCUAAAAGAUCAUCACAAUCUACUAAAACUAAUUCGAUCAACCGGGGGACAAAGAAACUAUCUAAGUUUUUCCAUCAUACGAACACCCUUGAAUCUCAACCGAACAAAUCUUUGCAACCCACCAAAAUUGCUAUAACAAGACACACCCCAAGCAUACCUACCAAUGUUGAACAACCUUCAGGAACUAAAGCCAGUCCAAAACAUGGUAAACGUCUCACUUCGUUGAAGAACUAUUUAACUGAUAAGGGAAUUGAUCCAAGGUAG